AUGUCAAUCGUCUCGUUUUUUUCGUUCGCUGUUCUUAUGGUGUCAAUGAUCCAGGCCCAAACGCAAAAUCAAGAGAAUCUCAAGGUAACGGAUCAGCAGGAGCAGUUGACAGCUGACUGGCAGCCAAAAACAAUACCUUACGAUCAAGUCAGAGGAUUUCGUCAACCUAAACCAACGACGAUCUCGCAACAGGUCGCACUGACAUUUAAACCCCAGCUUGACAUCGUCACGGGAUGUCUGCCGUACCCUGCUGUGAAUAGACUUGGUGAAACUAGCGGUGGUCUUCCAAAAGAUGCUGAUACCGAGACCAAAUGCCAUGGAUCUCAGUUUAACUCGCAAGUCUACGGUCGAUCUACAUGGUUCAAUGAUGUCUGGGUCAUGAUGUUUUCGUGGUAUUUUCCUAAGGACUCACCGUUUCCGUUACUAGGCCAUCGUCACGAUUGGGAAAACGUCGUUAUCUUCAUUGACAGCCCAAAAGUUCCACUACCGAAAAUACUGGGCUGUUCGAUGUCGUACCACAGCGAAUACAUCAAGUUCGCUCCAUGCCCGACUUUCGCCACCAAUGGUACUAGUGUAAAGGUCAAAUACGAAGACUCUUUUCCGCUCAAUCACGCACUAAACGUUACAGAGAAGGAAGGAACUUUUCAAGAUCUUAUCAUGUGGAAUCAACUGCCUCCGAUUGUACGCAAAUCUUUGAAUGAUACGGACUUUGGCUCGGCCAACGUGCCGAUGAAUGACUGGAACUUUCUUAAGAAAGUGGAAGAGGCGUGGCCAUUCACGUAA